AGGUACAGUGCAGAAGGGGAGGGUGCGCAUAGACAUGCAUGCACGCGUGCAUGUCUUUCUACUACUACGAGACAAACGCAGUUUUGCUUCACCACACAAGAAGAGCAUCGGGAGAGACGACCUUCUUAAAGCCGGGAAGCGACCUCCAGAGCCGGGCAUUAAAAAAAAAAAAGUGGAAGGCAACGGUCGGAUGGUCGAAACUGUGCCGGCCGUCCCUCGACGACUUGUCCCCGGCUUGAUUGCUGCCGCUGCUCGCUGUGAGGCUCCGGGGGAUUCAUGUACUGGAAAAAUGAAGUUUUGUCCCCUCUGUCAGAGGGCAACACGGUUCUGUCCACCACGAAGCAGGUGAUCGCCAGUGGUGAGCGUCGGAGUGUUGCGGGCUGCAGUGUGGACUCCAAACACGCACAAAUGUCUCAUUCGGACGCGGAGUCCCAGCAGUCCAACAUGGAGCGGGAGGACACACGCUCGUCCCCGAGCACGCCGUCCACGCCCUCGGUGUGCUCACCCAGCUCCACCGCCUGCAGCUCGGUGCCCUCCACGGGCAAGAACGUGUGCGCCAGCUGCGGCCUGGAGAUCCUGGACCGAUACCUGCUCAAGGUGAACAACCUGAUCUGGCACGUGCGCUGCCUGGAAUGUUCGGUGUGCCGGACGUCAUUACGUCAGCACAGCAGCUGCUACAUCAAAAACAAGGAGAUCUUCUGCAAAAUGGAUUAUUUCAGUAGGUUUGGUACUAAGUGUGCCCGCUGCGGGCGUCAGAUCUACGCCAGCGACUGGGUGCGGCGCGCUAGGGGCAACGCGUACCACUUGGCGUGCUUUGCGUGCUUCUCGUGCAAGAGGCAGCUGUCCACGGGGGAGGAGUUUGGCCUGGUGGAGGAAAAGGUGCUGUGCAGGAUCCACUACGACACCAUGGUGGAGAAUCUCAAGCGAGCGGCGGAGAGCGGCAAUGGUAUCACAUUAGAAGGAGCGGUUCCGACGGAACAAGACAAUCAGCCUAAACCGGCCAAAAGGGCACGCACGUCUUUCACUGCGGAACAGCUACAGAUCAUGCAGGCCCAGUUUGCCCAGGACAACAACCCAGACGCUCAGACACUACAAAAACUAGCUGACAUGACGGGUCUCAGCAGGCGGGUUAUACAGGUGUGGUUUCAAAACUGCAGAGCAAGACACAAAAAGCAUACGCCCCAGCACAGCGGGGGUCCUCAGGGUCACCCCCAGUCCAGGAUACCCUCGUCCUUGCCCGAUGAGCUUCACUAUUCCCCCUUCGCCAGCCCCGACCGGGCGCGCAUGGUCGCCCUACACGGAUACAUCGACAGUCACCCCUUCUCUGUGCUGACCUCACAGAGUCUUCCCCAUCAGGCAAUGUCGCUGCCCCAGCUGCCCCUCAGCCGCUAGCACUCCGCCGCUCUUCCAACCUUUAAGGACAUCCUCAAACCUCCGCACCCCAACCCUUGACCUCCAGUCACUGACCCCCACAUGGCAAAUCAUGAGGUCGAACGCGAGUUGACGCGGAGGAGAGAGAGAAACACCUUUUCGUGCUCCUAAGGAAUAUUCCACCUACUCGUGUAUGAUGGGAUCUAUCAUACGCAGGAUUCAUCCACAUCGUACAACCGGGAUCAUUCCGACUUGAGAGGAGUUUGGAAGAGGGGAAGUGACUCAAGCAGAAGGACUGAAGCUUCUG